GUGUUGCGCCCAAAACGGAAGUGAUCACUUCUCGAUUUUGUUGCAGCUGCUGCGAGCUGCUGUGAUGGGACAGAAUAUGAUGUAGAAACUGAAAUAUAACGGUCUUUUCAAGCUUCUUUUUAAGUACAAACCCACUUUUUACGAGUAGAUAAAGUGUCAGACGGAUCCGACGAGAUGAUUUUGGCGGCGUACUUGUUUUUCUCGGUGUUUUUGUCGGUCGGAGCAGCUAAGACUGGAGGGGAUGACGACUGGGUUAAUCUUGCUAACAAAUGUGAAGUCUGUAAGUUUGUCAGCAUCGAGAUGAAGUCGGCGUUCGAUGAGACGGGGAAGACCAAGGAAGUCAUCGACACGAACUACCGCUUCAUAGACGGCAAGGGGGCGCCGCCAGUCAAAUAUGUCAAGUCAGACCUCAGAUUCAUCGAGGUUGUAGAAAAUGUGUGUCAGAGGCUGUUAGAGUACAAUCUACACAAGGAGAGAAGUGGAAGUAACCGCUUUGCCAAGGGCAUGUCGGAGACCUUUUCCACGCUUCAUGGUUUGGUGAAUAAAGGUGUGAACGUGGUGAUGGAUAUUCCCUUUGAGCUGUGGAACGAGACUUCAGCGGAAGUGGCCGACCUUAAAAAACAGUGCGACGUCAUGAUAGAGGAGUAUGAGGACGUGAUUGAGGACUGGUACAGAGGAAGCCAGGAGGAAGACCUGACCAAGCAUUUGUGUGAGAAACACGUUCUUAAAGGACAAGACGCAGCCUGUCUGAAUGAGAACUGGACCCCAAAGAAGAAGGGAGACCAGGCAGCCAUUGCGGAGGACAAGAAGAAGAAGAAAAAGAAGAAGGGAGGGAAGAAGGGAGAGGGAGGAGAUGGCGGCUCGGAGGGAGAGAAGGCGACCAAGAAGAAGAAGGAGAAGAAGGUGAAGAAGAAGAAAAAGAGCAAAGCUCCGGUGGAGAAGACGGAUGGAGGGGUGUCGUCGGACGAGGAGAUCCAGCCACAGAUGCCUCUGUCUGGGCAGAAGACGGAGCUGUGAGCCCUGGGUCCUGCCUGGAUCGGGAUCAGCUCUCCUAUUCAAAACUAAACGCUUGGGAAAAGCAGUCUGCAGCUUCUCGAAACGUCUUUGUCAAACUGAGGUUCAAGUCGCUGAUUUUUGCUAAACGAGAUCUUGUACUGUUACGCGGUUUUAAAAGUUUUUUUUAUUUCAGUUUCUGACGGAAACAUGUUGCCGUUUCUUGGUGUGUGAGAAAUCAGCCAUAUCAUGAAAAUCUAUAACCAAUUAUCCACACUAUAGAGUUUUUAAGGUUUAUUUUUGUGAUUAUUGGGCAUGGGUGUUUUGAAAUUUAGGUUAAUGUCGAUGGAACUUGCAGGCACCCCUUUUAGCAAUCGUUUCUCUUCAUCAUUUAUGAUGACAUCACACCCUCCAAGUGAACUGCUGAGAUCUGGGAGGGUGUUGCCAUCACUACAAUAAAGUGUAAAUGGAAAAAUUACGCAUAAUCGGGACGUCACUCUGUGCGAUUACAUAACUGCAAAAAUUGUGCGAUUUAAGUAAAUAAAAAGGUGUGCUGUGUGUGUGACGCUCUGUGUGCACUGCAGUUUCCACGUUGUAACAGCCUUCACUUUACCGACAGUAUUUACAACAGAUGAAGCCGCCGUGUCUUAAGAAGCUUGGUGUAACUCACUUUACGUUGUCUUUGCGGUCUCUUUGUCCUCUCGCUUUUCAAAAUUUCAGUAGUUUAUUUUCUGCAUUUUCCAUGAUAAUCAAGUAAACUCACCCUACAUCUGUGUUUCUCUGGUUUCUAUGGUUAUAAAUGGAAUAUCUUUCGGUUUUGGACUAGAGCUGUGAUCAGGCCCAAAAAUAUCAGUGACCCUACAUGAGCCCCUGCAUAGAUCUGUCCAAGCCCUCCCCGAGCCCGAGCCACAGUGGCAGUUUUUUCGCCCGAGCCUGCUUAAAAACCUGAAUAUACACUGCUUUUUUUUAAUCUAUUUGUGUAAGUUAAAUAGAUAUCCAGAAGAUGGCAGUCACAUUCAGUGGUACACACACACACACACCAUACAUUCUCCAUGACAUUACACAGACUAUAACUAAAAAAAUAAAUAGACAUUGUGACAUUUGUGCAAACCCGACCCAAUUCAAGCCCCGGGGAAUUUUGCUAGGGGCCAAUCGGCUUUGGGCAGAGAAUCAAAACUCUAUUUUGGACUGUUGGUCUGACAAAAAGAAGCAAUCUGAACAUGUCACAGUGGUCUCUAGGAACAUGUGAUUUUCACCAUUUUAAAUUUUAUGAACUAAAUGAUUUAUUAUUAGAUAAAAUAAUUAACUGCAUCAUUAGUUGCAGAUCUCUAAAAUCUUCCUCUUCUGUGUGACAAUGUUGACUGCCUGUUGGGUCUCACAGUGCUGUAUGCUGACAUCCAGCUGAAACCUGUGAUUGCAGUACGUAGAUGAUUUUGGAGAACUUGACCCUCAGAGCUUCAGAUCUGUAAGGGAAUUCAGUUUUCUUUUCCGGUCACUUGAAUGUAGAUGUAGAUUUGCGGUGGGGCUUCCAUGCUGUAUUACCCCAUAAUGUGAAUUUGUAUGUUUGUCCACAUUUUUGCUGUUUUAAAAACUCUCUUAUAUUUACUGGCAUAUUCAUUCUAUCUGAAAACUGGGACUUUUAAAUGAUUUGUUUUUGGUUAAUUUAUUAUUUAGGACCUUUUAGAACUUCUCAGAUUGUUUUUCCUGAGGCAGUCAACACUCUACCUGAAACAUACAUUGGUCCAAACUGAGAAUUGCUUUUCCUUAAAAUAUUUUAAAUAUUGUAAUAUUUGGAAUCCGUAGAGGAAACUAAAUUGAUGCAACCAGAUAGCCCAUAUUUUUUCCCUUCAAAUAUGUGAUCUUGAGGUCUCCGAUUCAGUGAAACUCCUCUUUAAUAUGUAAAUACAUGUGAGGUACCCUUUUUAAUGUCAGUGAUUUGUGUAUUUGUAAUUGUUUGAUUUCCAUUUGUUUUGUCUCUGCUUAUGUGUGUGUGCUGCUAUUUAAGGUGUGUGUGUGUGUGUGUGUGUGUGUGUGUGUGUGUGUGUGUGUGUGUGUGUGUGUGUGUGUGUGUGUGUGUUUUGCAUUUUUCCAAGUGUGUUUGUCUGUGUGUUUUUACAGAUUUGUAUUCUGAAGUAAAAUGCUGGCCGUGUUCCAUUGGCGUCGCUUUUUAAAAACCACGAGCAGACACAUCAGUGGGUCAAUAAACAGGUUUGAACGCUGUAAAAAAAA